AUGGCAGUUCCCGCGCAAACCAGGGAUGUUGAUGCGUGGGAAACCGUCCUACGCCAAACCAAAGUAGCUCUCCAGAGCAACACCGAUCCUCACCGAUGGGCCUUUGAGGUCACAAAGACGCUCAGCUCCUUUGCCGUUUCACUUCCUUCGGCUGAACUCGCUCACCAUUUGGUCUCUCACUUUUUUUGGGACAACCACUGCCCUGCCGCAUGGAAGUUUCUAGACAUUGCCAUGUCGCUUGACAUGCUCCCUCCCUUACUCGUCAUCGCUCUUCUCUCCACUAGGGUUGUUCCAAGCAGACAACUCCACGUUACGGCUUACAGACUUUAUAUGCAACUCCUGAAGCAAUAUGGUUUUAUGCUUGGAUCUUGUAUAAACUCUAAGAACUAUGAAAAGUUUAUGAAAUCAAUUGAUGAAGUUCUUCAGCUUUCUCAAGUAUACAGCCAAAAGGUGUCUGAGCCAGGAGUUGUUCUGGUUGAAUUUGUCUUCUCAAUUGUAUGGCAGUUGCUUGAAGCAUCAUUAGAUGAUGAAGGGUUACUAGAUCAUACUUCAGAGAAUAACCCAAGAUGGCUAAGCAGAUCACAUGAUAUGAAUAUUGAUGAACCUGACAGCUUUAGUGAAAAGAAAACUGAGCAGGAGGGGCUGCAAAAGGCAAAUACAGUGGUGGCUAUAGAGAUCAUUGCAGAAUUUUUGCAGCACAAAAUAACUUCAAGAAUCCUUUCCUUAGUUCAUCGGAACAUGUCAUCGCAAUGGGGAUCUUUCGUUCACCAAAUUCAGCUUCUUGCAUCAAACUCUUCAGUUUUGAGGAAUUUGAAACAUAUUACUGCAGAGACCCUGUUGCUUUUGACGGAAAAUAUCCAUGAGGUUGUGUCUCAAGAGUACAACACAAUAUUUAAGCUGGAGUCUAAUGUACUCAGGCCUGUUGGUUCUCAGAAAUAUUUUGAUGUUCAAUCUUUUGGUGAUAGUUGGUCUUUGCUCUGGCUUCCUAUUGAUCUUAUCCUGGAAGAUGCUUUGGAUGGAGGCCAAGUGGCAGCAUUUAGUGCUAUUGAAAUUGUUACUGGUUUGGUGAAGACUUUACAUGGAGUUAAUGGCACUGUGUGGCACAAUACAUUUUUGGGUUUAUGGGUUGCAGCACUGCGGUUAGUUCAAAGGGAGAGGGAUUCAAAAGGUCCUAUAGCUCGCCUUGAUACUUGCAUGUGUAUGUUAUUAAGCAUUACAACCCUCGUGGUUGCUCAUAUUAUUGAAGAAGAGGAAGGUGAACUGAUUGAAGAAGCUGAACAUAGCCCAACAAAUCAAAGCAAAGAUAAAAAGGUUCUAAAGAAGUGUUGUGGGGAAUUGAUUACCAGCUUACAACUAUUGGGUGAUUAUGAGUCCUUACUGAUUCCACCUCAACCUGUUCUUAUGGAAGCCAACCAAGCUGCUGCCAAGGCUAUUAUGUUCUUAUCCAGAACCUCUGAUGGUAGUGGAUACUUUGAUAUGAGCAUGAAUAAGUUGCCCACGAAAUGUUCUGGCAACUUACGGCAUCUAAUUGUUGAGGCUUGUAUUGCGAAAAACCUACUUGAUACAUCAGCUUAUUUUUGGCCUGGCUAUGUGAAUGCAUGCAGCAAUCAAAUUCCUGAUAGCAUUUCUGAUCACAUGAAUGGGUGGUCUUCAUUGAUGGAGGGAUCACAGCUAACUCCUGGAUUGGUUAAUGUUUUAGUAGCAACUCCGGCUUCCAGCUUAGCAGAGAUUGAGAAAAUAUAUGAAAUUGCAAUCAAUGGUUCAGAAGAAGAAAGGAUAUCUGCUGCUACCAUUCUGUGUGGGACAUCUCUAGUACGUGGAUGGAAUGUACAGGAGCACACCAUUCUUUUCAUCACAAAAUUGCUCUCACCUCCAGUUUCUCCUAAUUACUCCGAGACUGAAAGCCAUUUGAUCAGCCAAGCUCCAUUUUUAAAUGCUCUCCUUAUCGGAAUUUCAUCUGUAGACUGUAUUCAUAUAUUCUCCUUACAUGGUUUGGUUCCAUUACUUGCGGCAGGGCUAAUGUUGAUAUGUGAGGUUUUUGGAUCAUGUGUUCCACAUGCCUCAUGUACUCUUGCAACUGGAGAAAAACUCUCUCAUUGGGAGGUAUUCUCUAAUGCAUUUACUCUUUUGCUGAGGUUCUGGCAAUUUGAUCAUCUACCUGUUGAAGAAGUGAGGAAUGAUGCAACAACUCCUCCAUUUGGAUCACUACUUAGUCCUGAAUGCCUUUUAUUAAUUCGAAACUGUAUAAUGGCAUCAUUUGGAAGAACAAAGGAUCGACAAAGGCUCCAAAGAUGGUCAAAAAUUUUACAUUUUCCUGAAGAAUCAGUAUUUAUGGAUUCCUUUCCAAAAUUAAACUUUUGGUAUCGGAAACAUCAAGAAUGCAUUGCUUCAAACCACACUGGUCUUGUGCCUGAAGGGCCUGUUCAUCAGAUUGUUGAUGCUCUUUUAGGGAUGAUGUUUAGGAAGGUAAAUAAUGGCACUGAACCUUUGACACCAACGACUUCACAAAGCAACAGUUCAUCUGCGUCUGCAUUGGAUGAUGCUUCGAUGAAACUAAAAGUGCCUGCCUGGGAUAUCCUUGAAGCUAUUCCCUUUGUGCUGGAUGCUGCUCUGACGGCCUGUGCUUAUGGAAGACUCUCUACCCGUGAACUGGCCACAGGCCUCAAAGAUCUAGCCGAUUUUCUUCCUGCAUCUUUAGUUUCCAUUGCGAGCUACUUUUCAUCUGAAGUUACACGGGGCAUAUGGAAGCCAGCUAAUAUGAAUGGAACCGACUGGCCUAGCCCUGCUGCAAAUUUAUCCCUAGUUGAGCAACAGAUAAAGAAAAUGUUAGCUGCCACUGGUGUUGAUGUCCCAAGCCUUGCUGUAGAUGGGGACGCUCCGGCCACACUUCCUUUGCCUUUGGCUGCCUUUGUAAGCCUCACAAUAACAUAUAAACUUGACAAAGCCACUGAGAGAUUCAUUGUCCUGAUUGCGCCUGCAUUGAGAGCCCUUGCUUCUAGUUGCCCCUGGCCGUGCAUGCCCAUUGUAACUUCUUUGUGGAUCCAGAAGGUGAAGCGCUGGAGUAACUACUUUGUGCUCUCUGCUUGCAGAACUGUUUUCCACCACAACAGGGAUGCUGUGGUUCAACUACUAAAGUGUUGCUUCACAUCAACUCUUGGCCAUAGUUCUAGCUGUAUUUAUAAUAAUGGUGGUGUUAGUGCCCUCCUUGGUCGCGACUUUGUUUCCCAAAUAUCCGAUGGGAUCUCACCAGUUGCUCCUGGGAUUCUUUACCUAACAGUGUACCGAUCCAUCGGAGAUAUCACGUUCGUGGUUGAAGAAAUUGUGUCUAUUCUAAUGCUUUCAGUUAGAGACAUAGCAGGUAGUGAUUUGCCCAAGGGGGAUGUAAAGAAACUAAAGAAAACCAAAUUUGGGAUUAAAUAUGGACAAGUUUCUCUUGCCAGAUCCAUGGCACGUGUCAAGAAUGCCGCUCUACUUGGGGCUUCAUUGGUUUGGAUAUCAGGUGGAACAAAAUUGGUUCAAUAUUUGAUAGGAGAGACUCUGCCUUCCUGGUUUUUAUCAGCUAACAUGUUGGAGCAGGAUGGUGGAGAAUCUGGAGUUGUGGUUGCUAUGCUUAGAGGUUAUGCGCUGGCAUUUUUUGUUAUUCUUAGCACGGCAUUUGCCUGGGGCAUUGACAAUGUACAUUCACCAAAACGACGGGCAAAGAUUGUUGGGUUGCAUUUGGAAUUUCUUACAAGUGCCCUGAACAGAGAUACAUUACUGCCUUGUCAUGGUGCUACUUGGCAAGCCUAUGUGUCAGGGUUUGUCAGUUUGAUGGUUGGUUGUGCUCCGUUGUGGGUCCGGGAAGUUGAUGUGGAUUUGUUGAAGAGAUUGAGCAGGGGAUUAAGACAGCUGAAUGAACACGAGUUGGCUCUUCGCCUUUUGGAAAUUGGAGGAGUAGGUGUCAUGGGUGCUGCAGCUGAAAUGAUAAUUGAUUCUCAACAUAGAAUUUAAAUGUAAAACAUAAUAGGUCAUGUUUAAUUUUUAUAUCUAUCUCUACUAAUUUUUACAGAAUCCUAUUUAUUCACAUAUCGAGAGAGAUGGACAUAAAGCUUAUGCAUGACCCUGUUAUGUGAAGUUUUAAUAUGAGAAAGCAGGAUGAGUCAUUCUUUGUUAAGCGCUUAGGGUUUCAGUGCAAGACAUGCUGGUAUACUAUUCUCCAAUCAGUAGAUUUAGGCAAAGAGUUCUUGGACCAAAUAUACUAUAGAAAGAUUGGUAUAUUCCGUAGGUAGUCUAGAAAAGGUCACUUAUCAUAUCAACCAACUAGAACAAGGCAAACAAGAUCUGCCUUGCAGUGAAUUUGUAGAUCGUCAAGAUGUUGGCCCACAUUUCUCAAUUAUAGGUUAAAAAAACAAGCAAAUUAUUUUCCAAUUGUUACAAUGGAAUACAUUUUUGCUCAUUUCAU